AUGGGAAUCUCUCCCUUAGUCAGGCCUGGUACAAAGAAGUUGUUGCCAAUCAAAGACCUGAAGGAGUGCAUGAAAAAGUGCAAAUGCUUGGCACACGAAGACAGGCAAUGGUGGUCCUCUUUUAUCCUUGCUGAGAAAGAAUUCUGUGCGAAAUGGGAAGCUGCUUCUGCCAAAUUUCUCAGUGAGGAUAAAAGAGCACCUCAACAAAUUGAAGAGGCAUCGCCCGAUUAAGAAAGCCACAACAACAGACCCGGACAAAUGCAACGGGAGGAAACCCUGAAUGAUCUUCUUAGGAAAGCAGACCAUUUCCCACAAGCGAGUCCGUGUUUUAGUGCUUAAUGCACAAAUGUGGUCUUUCAUGGGCUUUUUGUUCAGGCAUUGUGACAUUCAACAUUCGAAUCCUGUACAUCUGGGCUCUAAGGCUACCAUAGAUAGUAUUGGUAUAAUAAGGGUGUCUGGAAUAAGCAUUAAAGUCAAAACUAGUCAACUGUUGAAACAAUACCAAAUAAAUACAAAAAAUCAUUAUCACACGAAGAUGCAAUCAUCCUGUCCAUUCAGUGCAAUACAAUCUAAUGUGUCCGUGAAAACACUUUAAAUCUCCCGUUGACAUAUAACGGAACCUGUACAGUAAUCAGGAGAACGAAUUGUUGACAAAAUAGUGAGAAAUUAUAGCCAAGACUUUAUCAUACCUAAAAUACAGAUACAGUGCUGCUGUCAGCCCCUGGUUGCCUUGAGUUUUUGUAAGUUAUCAAUGAAAUAAUUUAUGUCUGGCUUGGGGAGAAGGGUCAGGAGCUUCAACUUAAUUUUAAUUUUCUACUCUUUGCUGACAGGUCAUGGUGCAGGAGAAAAGGAAAAAUGGAGGCGACGGUGCUCCAAGAAUAAGGCAGAGAGAGCAUUUCCUCUUAAGCCUAUUUUAUUCAAUAUAUAUUUUAUUCUCAAGAAAUUCGUUCAAGUAAAUGUUUGUUAGAAAGCUCACUAGCAAAGUUAUAAACAAACCAAAGGUGAUUCAUUACUUUUUUGUUCUAUGGUAACACAGUAAGGAGAAAAGUGAAAAAAAUUUUAUUUCUUAUUUUGUAGGCAUACCCGUCAGUGAAAAAACCGAAAAACAAACAAAAACCAAAAAAACUUGAGUCUUGAGUUUAAGCUUGAUGUAUUGAGGGAGUAUGGCCUGUGUGGCCAGCAGAUUAAGAUUAUAUCACAAGUUAUACGGAUAGUGUUUCCAGGGCCUGCCGAAGCGAUGAGGUCUGUGAUGACGUUUUGUAAAAUUUUCAUUGCCAGGGAGCCCAUAAUUUAUGGGCUCCUGUCAUUGCGUGCUUUUUUAGCACAACGCAAAAAAAAAUCAUGUGUAAGAAAUCAUUAGGUGUAUUAUCUUGAUGAAAAAUCCCUGACAGAAUAAGAUCUGCUUUUUACCAGCGACAUUUCAUGAUGGUCAACGUUUUUUAUAAAAUGCUCGGAAAAAUAAAAUCUAAAAUAACAUGUAGUAUACUUUAAAUUAUACUUGAGUAAAAUCUUGAUAUACAAAAUUGAUUAAAUACAAGAAUACGGGAAUAUCACAUAGUGAAGAGAGUACAGCCAGAAAAUGUUGAUUAGCCAGUUGUCAAAGUUAAAGACAGCAGAAAGGGCUAGUGUCUACGUACCCACUCUCCUAUGUAAGCUAUCCUUUCAUGUGAACACGGAGAAUUCCGAGGGAAAUCUUUUGCUCUGAGGCAAGUCCAAAAAUGAGAGCAGGAAGUGAAGUCCUCGAAAUUUUUACUUCCAAAAGGUGUCGUAAACGAAAGUCCGGAAUUAAGAGAGACAAGAAAAAAGGCCAUUGCUGGAUGCGAAAGGAUACAUACACGUCAUGAUACUUUUUGUGAUACAUUCUUCUAGAUGAAAAUGAAGUAACACCUGAGGUGAGCGAUUUAUAUUAUUUCAGGGGGCAUUGUAAUUAUGUUGAUUCUUAAGAGAACUUUUCGUAAGAAACUGAGUUUUCUACUGCACCUUCGAACAGAGAUCGUUGGAUAGUUGCCUGCUUGUUAUAAGUUAUGCUUCUUCGAAGAUCAUGAAGUAAUUUUUUGAUUUUCUUGUUCUAUUCUUGAACAUUCCACAGUUUCGUAGGUGCAACCUUUCAGUAUGUACUCGAGAAUGAUGCACUGACUUAUCAUGAAAUAGAUUUUUACCUUACGAGUCAAAUUCACACUUGUGGAAUGUAGCAUAUUGUCCCGUCAUUCUCUAACAAACCUGUGAUUGGGUAUAAUGGGUAAAGUAUUAUUAGCUGUUAUUAGCUGUUAUCCCGUUAUUCACUAACAAGCUUGCCAUUGGAUCUAAUAGGUUUGUUAUCUGAUAACAUUAGACUAACUCUUAGCCAAAGAUAAUCUUGAUCCUGAUUGGCUCUAAUGGCUGAUAACAGGCAAUAACAGCUAACAGCAAUUAGUCCCAAUUAUAUUGAACGAGUCCCAGUUAAAUUGAACGGGUGUUGAAUGUACCAAGGGUCGCUACUAUGGGAACUUUAUGGUAAAAAACUGCAGACAGUACUGUUUUGGUUAUAUGUAUAUAUCUUUUGGAUUCGUUUUCUUUACUUGAUUCAUGUAAUUUACCUUUAAGAUGAUCUCUNUUCUUGUUCUAUUCUUGAACAUUCCACAGUUUCGUAGGUGCAACCUUUCAGUAUGUACUCGAGAAUGAUGCACUGACUUAUCAUGAAAUAGAUUUUUACCUUACGAGUCAAAUUCACACUUGUGGAAUGUAGCAUAUUGUCCCGUCAUUCUCUAACAAACCUGUGAUUGGGUAUAAUGGGUAAAGUAUUAUUAGCUGUUAUUAGCUGUUAUCCCGUUAUUCACUAACAAGCUUGCCAUUGGAUCUAAUAGGUUUGUUAUCUGAUAACAUUAGACUAACUCUUAGCCAAAGAUAAUCUUGAUCCUGAUUGGCUCUAAUGGCUGAUAACAGGCAAUAACAGCUAACAGCAAUUAGUCCCAAUUAUAUUGAACGAGUCCCAGUUAAAUUGAACGGGUGUUGAAUGUACCAAGGGUCGCUACUAUGGGAACUUUAUGGUAAAAAACUGCAGACAGUACUGUUUUGGUUAUAUGUAUAUAUCUUUUGGAUUCGUUUUCUUUACUUGAUUCAUGUAAUUUACCUUUAAGAUGAUCUCUGUUAAGGGUCAAAAAAGGUUGGGCCACACCAAGAUUUAUCUUCUUCAGGAGUUUAACUCAAAAUUUCCAACAAGCAACACUGCCCAUUAUUUUCAUAUGGGAGUCCCCCCUGGGGCUUUGUAUUUUGUAUUAAAUUACCUUCCUACUUCUCCACUGUUAUGCCAUACUGUACCUCCACUAUUAACACUUUACUUAAAUUUUUAGGUUACAAAAUGGUUUUCUUUUUGCAUAGCAUCUCGAGCAAGAGAGGCUUUAACUGAAGUGUUUUGGUCAUCUACAGCAACAACAAAUUAGAUCCACAGCUCCUGUGGCUGAUGUGAUAUCAAAAGCACGUACUCUUGUGAAGUCUCUUGCGACAUCUAACAGAACUGGUGGGGGGAAACUAGCCUAGUUUCUAGGUAGUUCAAGGACAAAGGCUGGUAAACAUGGAUUUCCCUUCAAAAGUUCAAGGGCAACUGGCCUAACCAAAGGAAAGGUUGCAGCCCCGAGG